AUGAACAGCGACCUACGUGGAAGUCUCCUCGAGCUUGGAUUCAACCUCAGCCAGGCCAGAGCCGCAGUCGCAGCAGGAAACACAACCGUCGAAACAGCAACCGAAUGGAUCUUUGCGAACAACGACGCAAUCACCUCUCCUCAGGCAGCGACACGGGCCAACAGCAACACGCUACGCCUCCGCACAGAAGAAGAUGACGCCUACGAUGCUGACCUCCAACGAGCACUCACAGAGUCAACAAAGUCAGCACCCACAUCACCACUAGCACCAACACCUCAGACCUCGUCGCACCACCAGCAGGACCACCAACCUCCCAUAGACGACACAUCCAGCACACUUCAGCUUGAAUCGUCGCCAAAAAAGAUAAAAAUCAACAUCAUCAAAGCACCCACAUCAUCAGCAGCAGCACCCGAUACCCCUCUGGUAAUUGCUCCUCUUCCUCUCACCUCGCGCCAUAACGAACAGGAAGCGGAAGCCCAGAAUGCGACUCGACUCGCCGAGGCCAACAAGCGGGCAGAAAAGGCCAAGAGGGACAAGAUGGAGGCCCGUAUUGCGCGUCAGAGAGCCCUGGACGCCCUCAAGGAAGACCGUGAGAACCGAAAGCUGCGAAACCAAACCCCCGCCCCUACUACUACAUCGUCUUCUUCGGCCAGCUCAGGUCCACCUUUGGCAUCGACUAUUCAGGAACCAGUUGCAGUGACUAGUACUCCAGAGGCAUCAGCACCAGCACCCACGCCAGCUACUCCGUCGAAUGCCAUGGUCCAGCUGAGAAUGAAGAAUGGAUCUGUGUUGAAGCGGUCUUUUCAGAGCACCGCCACUGUCAAGGACCUGUUUGACCUUGCCCGCUCGGAGGACAGGAACAUUGGAAACGCAGACAUUAGCCUGAUCCAGCCAUUCCCUCGCAGAGAGUUUACCGUCGGGGACAGCGGUCUCACACUCUCCGAGGCUGGUCUGUGUCCAAGCUGCUCGCUGAAUGUUCUCGUCCAGACACCUAUCCUCGCUCCACAGCCUGUCACCCCUACCCCUGGCGCAUGGAUCCCAUCGACCGAUGCAGAGUCUCAGGGACCAACACCCAUGGACAUUGAUCAGGAUGAAGGCACCGUCAACUAUUUGCCUCAUUUUGGAGACAACGGUCAGAAUGACAGUGGUGACGAAGAUGAUGGGGAUGGUGAGGAAGGCAACAACGACGAGGAGGACGAUGAAAAUGAAGAAGAGGAUGACGACGAGGUCAUGCACGCUCUACCAGUCAUUGAUCAUAUCAACCCCAAUCACCCAUUCGCCUUUCCUGGUUUGGGACGUGGGCGCGGACGUGGGCGUGGACGUGGACGAGGUGGGAUCCCAUUCUCUGGCGCAGGGCACUCUCUCAGCUCCAGUGAGCCAGUCUCUGCAACAGACGACCAGGCCCCUGACCAACCCGAGAUGACGUCAGAGGAGAGGGAUCAACAGCGUCGGCAACGUGUUCUUGAGGCGAUGACUAACCGUGCAAAGGCGCAGGAGGCAGAAAAAAACGCUCCGGGUCUGACAGCUGGCGUCAAGAAAGUCAAAGAGCGCGAGAUUCCCAGCCUCCAAUCCCUCUGUUGCUACCAGGUCGCAGUCAUGCUGACGGCAAAGGAUUCCAAGUCAAGCUCUUAUUUGAAGCUGUGGGGCGAGAACGUGGGAUCGCAGGUCGGAGAAGCUGUUAUUCAGGAACUUAUCCGACUGAAGCAACUCGACCAACUCACCUUCAAACGCUUUUACACCUGGUAUGACCCAAUUGUCAAUAUGGUACUGGAUGCGUAUUCACGUGCGACGGAUUCGUUGAUGGACGUGAUUGGCGGCUCUCAGGCCCGCUCGUUAACAUACUUGAGUCUGAGGGAGUGCACAUUCUUGACGGAUACUGGAUUCAGAAACAUUGCGCGCUUUGAGUUUUUGGACUUCCUUGACCUCUCCCACUGCCGUAUCACCGACAAGACUCUAGAGUUCACCCUGAACUUGCCAUACUUGUCGACGCUCAAUUUGUCGGCAACCAAGGUGACGACGGCAGGGUUGGCAAGGGUCAUUGCCAAUGCGGAGUGGAAGUCAAAUCUGCAAACUCUUGAUCUAUCUUACUGUCAAGGGAUCGCUGGUCCGCUUGCCUUGUACAACUUGCAAGAACUGGAGAGGCUUCGCACUCUAAAGCUGAACAGUUCCAAGGCGUUCAACAUGUCGCCUGUGCGGAUUCCUGACAGCAAUGCAUUCACUCAGCUUCUCAACUUGGAUCUGGCGUCUACAUCCAUUGACACGUCAGACGUGAUCGCUCUUCUUCCUGUCAUUGGCAAUGUCGAGAAAUUGAACCUAACCUCCUGUGCUAGAGUUACUACCGAGGCUCUGGAGCAGGUUGUAUCAAACAUGCAGAUGCUUCAGGAUCUCAAGUUCCCAAGUCGCAACCAUCAUCUGACGACCGUACUGCUGACCGCAGCAGUGUUGCCGUUGACACACUUGGACCUUUCAGACUUCAAGUUUAUCGCGGACGAUGCUAUUUUGUCGUUGGCGGAGGCCAAGAACCUCCAGAUGCUGUCACUUUCAGGAACCAUGCUCACGGAUGCAGGAGCAGCUGUCCUUGUUCAUAUGUCGUCUCUCAAGGAGCUGUCGCUUGAUCGCACCCACAUUGGUGACAAAGCCAUGGAGUACCUCCGAGAUUUGGGAAGAAUUGAGAUUCUAUCGCUGUCACAGGUCCAGCGACUGACAACAGUUGGAGUAAACCAUUUGGGGCGAUCGGCCUUCUUUUCGUUGAAACUCAAGCGUCUCAAUCUGAAGAACAACCCGUUUAUUCAUGAUGAGGCAUUGGCUGUCUUUUCGCAUUGUAACAGCCUAAACACCCUUAACCUUGAUAAUACCGAUGUCUCUGAAGUUGCGGCCCUGCGCCUCCAAGACACUUUGCCCAAUUUGACGCAGUUGAGGAUCCAGGGGGUGACGAAUGGCGAAAUCUAUCAGCAGAACCCGCGAGCUCUUUUGACCAUUGCCUAG